UCAGGCUCAGUUGUGAACCUCUUCUCUUCUUCCGCGUUCUACACCAUACCGGAUUUUAACAAAUAAAAAUAAUAACACUUUUUUUUUCCUCGUUGUUAUUAUUCAUUCUGUAACUUUUUCGUACGCGUAUGGUAGAGUUUUUCUCGAAUUGUGACCGUGAACUUGAAAGCCGAUGUUCGAUCUGUGAUGUGGUUUCUUGUGAUUUUUUUUGCGAGUGGUCCUUAUUAAUUUCAGAUCGAAGACCAUGGCCAAUUACCUCGUCAGAUGGUGGAAGACAAAAUUCCUGAGUGGAUAUAAACAAUUCACAGGAGCGGAUGACGAUGUGGAGGAUGCAAGAAGUGAAAAUCCAGCAAGCACUAAUUUGAAGGAACUGUCCUGUGAUAUGCCUCUGAAGGAGGGUACGACCCCGGUUGGAAAGGAUAGGCUGCAAGAGUUCUCAUUUACGUUGUACGACUUUGACGGCCACGGCAAAGUAACCAAAGAUGAUAUUGCCGGACUUGUCACGACUAUAUAUGAAACCCUUGGUUCAUCUCUGAAAGUUCCCCAUUAUGGAAGUAAAACUAUCAAAGUGAAACUCACUGUUACGCCGAAUAUAGAUAUAGCAGAGAAGAACAAGGCUCAAACAGUUCUGCACAACUGCAACAAUAAUAAUAAUACCAUAAACAAUAACCAUUUCAAUAACAACUUCAAUAAUAUAAACAACAAUAAUAAUAACAAUGACAAUCACAAUCAUAGUAUAAACAAUUCGAAAGGAUUUAAAAAAGAUUUUAACGUAACGAUAAGGGAAAGGAGAACAGGGAAAGUAGGCGAUGCUGAUAUUACCCACCAUACGAUGUCACAUGUCACACCUACAAUGAACUGUAAUGGGUGUCGAAGUAAGAAAAGAUCGAGCUCACUCCAAAGGCAGCAACUUUUAAAAAUCAUUCAGGCCAAUAUGGAAAAAAAUAAUUUACCAUUUCAGACAUCAAGAGCCUCGCCUCUUUGGGCUCACGAAAAAGAAAAGAUCCCAAGAAGUCAUCCUUGGAGGGGAGGGCAAGAAUCGUUAGGAAGACACCACCACCAAAAACACCGACACCGCGAAGCAGAACAAGCAAGGGCAAUGGCGCAAGUAGUUAAGUGGUUAGAACAAGAAUUCUCAUCUCCAAAACAGGACCACAAUAAAUAUAGUCCAACGAAUGAUUACCUCGAACACCGUCACAUCCAUGAGCAUGUCCAUCACCACUAUCAUCAUUAUCAGGAUACACCAAUAUCUAUAUAAGUGCAAUUUAGUCUGUUAAGCUUACCGCAAGUGCUCAUUUUAACUUUGCCAAAAAUAAAUAAUAGAUUCGUUUAAAUCUAAAUAACAAAAUAUAUUUAAAUGUACAUGAAAUAUUAGUAUUUCUUCAGACAUUCUUUUCAUAAAAUGCUAAUGUGAUUUAACUGUAGUUUAUGUUCUUCACCACUAUGAAUAUAAUUAAUAUUACCUUUUUUUAAUAUUGCAGGUUUUCUGUGUUUAAUGUAGUAUCAUUAAUUUAAUUUAAAUGUGUACAUUUUUUAAAAUAUGUAAUUAUUUGUUAAGUUCAUUUAUACCUGGUUUUUAUACAUCAUAGUGUUUAUUUAAACAAUAUAACAUAUUAUGUCCCGAGUGCUAUGCGAUUCCGAUUCCAACUUUGCGGUUUGACAUCAUUGUGCCAAUAAAUUGUAUGGAUGCUAAUUUAAAUUGCUAAAUUAUGAAUUUUGAGCUUUAGUGAAAGGAGAUUAUUUUUUCACCAAAAGGGUGAGUAGAUUUUUUUUCUUCGAAAACUACAAACAAAAAUGAUUAAAUGCCCAUAAAAUGGUGUCAUUGCUUUUGUAAACAUAAUGAAAAAUAUUGUAAUUGAAAAGUAUAUAUUUAAUUGAGUAAACUUUUCAAAUAUUAUUCCUUUUUAAGAUUUAUGUAACUAUUUAUAUGUUAUUUAUGAUGUAAUUUAGAAUGUAUUCUAAAUAUUUGUAAGUUAGGUACUAAUGUGGUUAGGAAUAAUACACGCACAUACACAUCAGAGAACAUUGACAGUACAAUAACGUGAGACCGAUUGGAAUAUGUAUGAUAUUUUCAUAUUUUAGUUUCUAAUUAAAGAAAGGCACAUAGUGAGUUAGAAAGGAGUGCUCGCUUUAAUGUUUUGAUAAAAUGUUUGUAUCUUUACAAUAACAAAAUAUUUUAUCAAACUGCUCAAUAUGACAAAAAC